AUGUGUUUUUCCUUAAGGAAGAAAAUUAUGAUGCAGAGUCUUUUGCUUGACGCGUUGAGCGAGUUUCACAAGCAAGGAGACGCCGAGGGAAAAUGCUUGGAAAAGAUCCAGGAGAUUCUGGCGCAGGCCGACGAAAAAAGCGCGCGGACCUCUCUUAAAGAGUGUACGGUUUUUCUGAGCAAGGUUUUGUACAGUGUUGCAGGCACGUGGGAGGACUCGGCGUGCCCACAGAAAAGUCUUUUGAGCGGGGCCCUGGCAUACAAUGCGCUUUUGGCGCUGCAGGAGAUCAUGUGCGACCCUUUGGCGCUGAAAAGCAUUUUCGGGCAGAGCGACAGAGGCCGGUAUGCCCGGCUGCUGGAGGCCUUUGAGGCCAAGUUUGCGCGCUGGCGCGACCUUUAUCUGUGCAACUUGGAUAUCUGCAGAAACACGGCUUGCAUGAACCGGCACAGCGUUCUUAUGAACAAGCUGUCCAUAGUGAGGAUAAACAAGGCCACCAUAUUCAACAAGGAGUACUGGCAGGACAUUCUUGCGCUUCUGGAGGAAAAGUUCAAAGCGUGCGACGGGUUUGGGUCUAUAGAAGAGUGUGCCUUCGAGGAUUUCGAGAGGAUUCUUGCGGGCGGACAGACCUCCAUACAGCUGCUCAACGAGCUUGCUGGGUACUGCCACAUGGUGUGCACAGGAGAAAUAACCCGGGGCUCUCUGAACAGCAGGCACUACAGGAAAAACAUCUCCCGAGUGCGGUUUCUAGUGCAGAACUGGGAGAAUAUUUCGUUUGUAGAAGACAACGUUGAGUUUUUGCAGCGCUUAUCUGCGAUUGAUCUGGCCGAGGAGUUUGCGUGCUUUGUGCAGGCAGGGCUUGUGCAGGGUGCGCCGGAUUUCUGCAGAUGGACCCGCGAGUACAUAGAAGCGCUCAGAAAGCUGCACGCAGAGAUUUUUGGCCAAAACUGCGCCGCGCAUGGAGAGCCUGGCUGCACGCCCGAGUCAAUUUCCAACCUGAAAAAGUGUGUGUUCAUCCAGGAGCUUCUGGACGCUAGCUGCAAAAUGCUGGAAAUUGUCCAGGCCGAGCGCAAGACACAAAUGUACAGAGCGGUGCAGAGGGACACUGCCGCCGCCAUUUCAAGCAUGCUUCUGUUCAUUGGGGUGCAGUGCGCGUUUUGGUCUGCCAGCAGCGGAAAAGCAUUAAACAGCACACCGCGGCGCAGCGAUGCACAGGAGAGGCUUCUGUGGGCGUUCUUUAUUUUGUGUCUAGUGUCAUUGUGCGCAAGCUUUCUGCUAAACGUGUACUACCUUAAGAAAUGGGUGUUCCAGAAAAAACGUGUUUACUUUUUCUUGCUUACGGGGAUUCUGCUUGCAUAUUUGGGCGCGUUCUCGCUCGGGUAUUGUAUAUUGUGUGUGCCCGGGCCUGUUUCAGUCGUUUUUUCGCUGGUGGACUUUGCUGUGCUCGGCGCACAUCUGCUUUUGUCAGUGAGCCACGUGUACUCAGUUUAUAGGCUUAAAAAGCGGGUGGCUGCGUGCGUGCUGGGGGGCUUUGCGCUGUCGCUGUCUAUUUUGUGCGUUUCUUGGUGCACCAUACAGCUGGGGUAUUUAAGAACGGGCGUGCUUGUAUAG